AGGACACUGGUUAGUGUCUCGCAAAGGCAACAUGAAGAAGAGUGUGACUAAGGCAUCCCCUGAAAGCCAGGAACACCAGAAGAAAGUUUCCUUUGAUACUGGGUUGAAGAAAGUAACUCAGCGGGAUAGCCAGACAGACAUUCUUGGACACAUCUUGGACCGGGCUUUUCUGCUGAAGCACCAUUGUGUAAGAAAGCCAUCAGACCUUUGCACUGUCAACGUGAGCGGCAUGAAGUUCUCCAAGGUAAAGGAAAAGGACUUCAGACAUUUUACUUCUGUGAUUUAUAUCAACGCCUCUGAAAACCUGCUGCCUCUCG